AUGACCUCCCUACCCACCAACAAUCGACCGGAUUCAUCAAAUAUCAGUGGUGUAGCGCAGACUACCUACCAUUUCAGCCCAACGAUGGAACACAACACUGAUACAACUGUCUCGAUCAUCGCCAACGCCCAUCCGUCUGCCUCUUGGAUAUCGACCAAGAAGGACAACUACAAAGAUUUUCCCCACAACACUCUGUCUCAGCCGGCAACGCAGCCCCCUCAAACCCUCCGCGUAACGCGUUUCCUUCCAGACACCGAGAAGUCUAUGUCGGGCCUCUGCUGUUCCUCCCAGACCCUACCCAUGUGGAGAUUUUCCUCUAUGGCCGGGAACGGCCUGAGCUCCAAACGGGUCGAAGAUGUCAAAAUGAACCGUAUUGACAAGCUCAGGGCGGGCCGGAAACGCAGAGCAAACCGCCGACCUUUCGUGUUCAAGAGCAGUCCACUUGCCGAAGGUCAAGGAGCUGGCCGACUGACUCAAUUCCAAGCGAACACCUUCGAUGUCCACUCCACAUCCCCAUCCAGAUCAUCGGCCUUCUUUGCUCACAAGAAUGCUGAAGGAAUGGAGCUACACCAAACCACCUUUUACAGCGGCUGGAAUGCUGUCCGGAUCAGUCGCUUCUCAAACCCAAGUAACUCGACAACUAAGCAGUGGCUUGAUGAUUCGCAACUCGACAAGCCUGCCGCAUUUGCUUCCCUUGGCUGUAACCCCAAUGCCCUUCCCAGCUGGUCAAAGCAGCCUCAAAUCUCUAGGCUCUGCAACUCCAAAGCAACCAAACCUCAAUCUUCUGCUCCUCCAAGGAAAACCGACUACCAGUCUUGGGAAAUCUCUCUGCCGAAGUGUCCCUUUCCCGCAAUGGGGUUGUUCUCAAAUUAA